AACACUGACCCUCAGACAGGCAGUGUUUACAUUCACACACACACGUGCUCCGUUCACCACCGGGAGAGACAGUGCCAAGGCGUGAUGUUAGGUGCCCCUAGCCGCCUGUUGAGGGUGCUAGGGUGUGGCGAGAGGGCGUGGGUGAGGACCAGCAGGAUGGUGGCGAGGCGGCCAGUGCGUGUCCACCUGAAGGGUCUCCAGCAGGAGACGCAGCAGGCGGUGCAGGAGUACGAGGACCUGCUGGCCGCCUCUAAGACCAAAGGACAAAAAAGUAAACACCAUGAGCAAGAACCACCAGCAGCUGCCCCAGACCCGGACGAGUUACUAAGGAGCCGCAUCCACUUCGAACUGCUGUCUGAUGCUAAGACCUAUGAGAGAAAGCUACUGGAAAACAUGAAAUAUCACAAGUACCGGAGUGAACACCAGCUGUUUGUGGCCGAGGGGCACCGCAUCAUCCGUGAGGCGCUAGAGCAUGGGGUCACGCCAGUAGCACUCUACUUCACACGCCUCAAGCUUGUGGCAGCACUCAAGGCAGCGCCAUCUAAGUUAAAGCUGGAACAUGUUCUCGCCCUGAAUGACUUGCCGCUGUUUAAGGCGCCCUACAAGACCUUGCAGACCUGGUCAUCUGUCACUACAUCUCCAGGCAUUGUAGGAGUGUUCAAAAUCCCCACCAUUGAGCCAGGUCAUCAGCCCUCCACCACCACCACUAACACCCUGCCCCUCACCCUGGUGAUGGAUGAGGUGCGGGAGCCGGGCAACCUUGGGGGAGUGCUGCGUACUGCUGCUGCUGUUGGUGUACAUCAGGUGCUGCUCAUGAAAGGAUGCUGUGACCCAUGGGAGACCAAGGUGGUGAGGGCUGGCUGUGGCGCACACUUCCGCCUCAGAAUUCGCACAAAACUGACCUGGGACAGCAUCAUUAACUACAUGCCAGAGAGUGCCAAGAUCUUCCUUGCUGAUGUCCACCAUGGGGAGGACAUAGAGGAUACAUUAGGGGUAGCUAGGGAGGAGGAGGUAGAUGGUGCCACUAUAAUGCAGAAGGGAAGGAACAUGGGCAGGAAGGACAAUGUAUAUGAGUUAGAUGAGGAAGGUAACAAGGUACUGGUGGACAACAGCUACAGUGACCCACAGCACUUAGAACUAUACAAGCAUGUGCCUUUCCAUACCCUAAGUUAUGACCAGCUAGGGUUAGUAGGGUCUGAUGGAGGUGCUGUGCUUGUCAUAGGAGGAGAGGUGGGUGUUAGCAAUGCCGCUAAGAAAUUUGUUUCUGAUAAUUUUGGCACCAAGGUGAUUGUUCCGCUGGCUAAUGGCAUGGACAGCCUCAAUGUUGGGGUGGCAUCAGGGGUUAUUCUUUAUGAGAUGCAGAAGCAGCUGUAUGAAAUUACCUCAAAAAAACUGCAGGAGGAGAGAUAUGAGAGUGAACGAUAAAUCUUCUUCACAAUUAUUGCAGUGUAGUAUAGCUGAAAUUGAUUUAAGUAUCAUUAUUAUUAUUACUAGUGUUGAGGGACAUCUGUGAAUUGUAUAAUAGAGAUAAGUUUAGGAAAAAUCUGAUCAAAAGUGUACCAGCAGCUGUGAUGCACAGUAUAUUAGAUUGUGUAGUUAUAUUCAAAAUGGAUGUAGAUAAUAUGAACAAGCCAAAGAAGCAUCAAAAGAAGAAAAAUAGGAAUAUGUUGCUAGCAUGCAGAUCUUUCAUAUACUGUAUAUAUGUUUUAUGAUUUAACAUUUGUUUACUA